GGAGGGCGCAGUUCUCGCGACACCGGGCGAGAUUGGUCCUUUUCCGGCGAGAACCGCGGUCAAGAUGGCGGAAGUAGAGCAGAAGAAGAAACGCACCUUCCGGAAGUUCACUUAUCGGGGUGUGGACUUGGAUCAGCUCCUUGACAUGUCUUAUGAGCAGUUGAUGCAGCUCUACAGUGCUCGCCAGCGCCGGCGCCUGAAUCGCGGCCUGCGGCGCAAGCAGCAUUCCCUCUUGAAGCGCCUCCGCAAGGCCAAGAAAGAGGCACCCCCUAUGGAGAAGCCUGAGGUAGUCAAGACCCACCUGCGCGACAUGAUCAUUCUUCCUGAAAUGGUGGGCAGCAUGGUUGGUGUGUACAACGGGAAGACCUUCAACCAGGUGGAAAUCAAGCCUGAAAUGAUAGGCCACUAUUUGGGUGAAUUUUCCAUCACUUACAAGCCUGUGAAGCACGGCCGACCGGGGAUCGGGGCCACCCACUCGUCUCGUUUCAUUCCUCUGAAAUAAAAAGGGCUUUGAAAGAGAAUUCCUACGUGUAAAUAAAGGUGUUUCUUAACAGUC